AUGGAGAAAGAGCCCUCACAGAAUGAAGAACGAACACCUGUUGAUAAACAAUCAUACCAGGAACUCAUCGGUAGUCUUUUACAUCUGUCUACUUUUAGUCGCCCAGAUAUCUCCUGCAAUGUUAACAUGUUGUCUCAAUUCAAUCAAGACCCAAGAAAGCAGCACUGGAAUUUAGCUUUAUCUGUUCUUAAGUAUUUAAAAGGAACAAUUAAUUCAAAAAUUCUCUAUUCCAGAACAGGCAAACCAAUUUCCGCUUACUCUGACUCCAAUUGGGCAGAAGACAUCAAUGAUCGGAAAUCCCAAUCGGGCAUUGUUUUCGUAAUGGCUGGAGGUCCUAUUGACUGGGAAUCAAGAAAACAAUCAAUAAUAACAACAUCAAGUGCUGAAGCCGAAUAUGUGACAUUAACAUCUGCUGCUAAGAAGGCAAAAUAUUUCAAGCUCUUACUCGUUGAACUCGGAAUCCUGAGUGAAGAGCAGCCCAUAGAAUUUAUACACUGA